CUUUGCUAUUGUACUUGUUCUUUUGUUUCUGAAACUGAAGGAAGAGAUGGAGGCAGCUAUUAAGCAAUUACGAAAGAGUUUAACAUUCAAAGCGAACCCAAUGCCAAGUAUCUACCAUGAAGGUCCACCCCCAAAGACUGGGCUUAAAAGGUCCCAACAACUCAUGCAAAAUCACCCAAGUUGGGAAGAAAGAAGAGCACCAGUGAUGCUCCAUCCCACACAAACAAAACCACAGCAGCAUCGAAUCAGGGAAAUCCUCAGGAAGAAGGUAUCAAAGUUGUUCCUUUCCUCGAUGCAAAUGGACACAACCACACAGGAAUCGGGAUUAAAUGUUAAUCUACGGGUGAAGGAGUUGGGGCAUGUUCCAUGAGUGAAUAGCCCAGAGUCAAGAAGUCAUCAAGACA